GAAAAGAGUUUUGCUUUCCAACAAUCAAUUUGAUGGUGAAGUUACUGGUGCUCCAAAAGUGAGAGAAUCCUUACUGGAUAUUCUUGAUCUCAGUUGCAACCAAUUGCAAGGGCCGAUACCUGCGUAUGUUUUUGAACUCAGUAGACUUAGCGUUCUGGUGCUUUCUUCCAACAAUUUCAAUGGCACCAUACGGCCAAGAGACAUUCGGAAGCUUGUGAAUCUCACAUAUCUCGACCUUUCACACAACAACCUGUCUGUCAUUGCAACUGAGAGUUAUUCGGUCUUGUCAUCUUUUCCCAAGAUUACUACACUAAAUCUGGCGUCCUGCAAAUUGAAUGUGUUCCCUGAUCUAAAGAACCAAUCAAGAUUAACCCAUCUGGAUCUUUCACAAAACCAAAUUUCAGGUGAAGUACCCAAUUGGAUUUGGAGUGUCAGUGAUGACCUCGUGCAUCUGAACUUUUCAUUUAAUCAGCUUGAGGGUCUGCAGAAACCUUAUCAAAUAGUGCCCAAUCUUUCAGUCCUUGACCUUCGUUUUAACAGACUCACUGGUCAUAUCCCAACUCUGCCUCUAUCUGCAAGCUAUCUGGAUUUUUCAAGCAAUAAUUUUACUUCUUUACCAAGUAACAUUGGUAACUACCUCUACUACACUAUUUUCUUUUCUGUCUCAAGCAAUGGCCUUACAGGUGCCAUUCCUAAAUCAAUAUGUGAGGCUGUUAAUCUGCGAGUUCUUGACUUGUCCAACAAUAGUCUGAGUGGUGCCAUACCAAAAUGUUUAAUUGGACAGAUGGAUCUUCUAGGGGUACUGAACCUUAGGGGCAACAAUCUCAGUGGCCAAAUCCCUAAUGCAUUUUCAAGAAAGUGUUCCAUAGAAACACUAGAUGUCAAUGGCAAUGAGCUCACAGGUAAGAUCCCAAUAUCCCUUGGUAGGUGCAGAAAGCUUGAGGUAUUAAACCUUGGUAACAAUCACAUCAACGACACCUACCCUUGCCAUUUGAAGAACAUAACCAGUUUGAGGAUCCUUGUUUUACGAUCAAAUAAAUUCCAUGGGGGAAUUGGUUGUCCAGCCGACAAGCGCCCCUGGCCAAAGCUUCAAAUUAUGGACUUUGCCCACAAUAGUUUUAAUGGAAAAUUACCAAACAAAUUCGUAGCAAGAUGGAAGGCAAUGGAGGUUUAUGACGAUGAAGCUCAACUAAAUGUUAAACACCUUCGGUUUGAGGUUCUACGAUUCUCUAGAAUUUAUUAUCUAGACGGUAUUACAGUUACCAACAAAGGUCUACAGAUGGAGCUGGUGAAAAUCCUAACUAUUUUCACCUCCAUUGACCUUUCUUGCAACAACUUGGAGGGGCCAAUACCAGAUGUGAUCGGAAAAUUCAUAGCACUGUAUUUUCUCAACCUGUCACACAAUGCUCUCAGUGGAAAAAUCCCACCAUCUCUAGGAAACCUGCAACAGCUGGAAUCCCUGGACCUCUCAAGUAAUAACCUGAGUGGCAGUAUUCCUCAACAGCUUUUGAAACUAACUUUCCUUGCAGUCCUUAAUCUCUCAUACAAUCAACUGGAGGGAUGCAUACCAGCUGGAAAGCAAUUUGCAACAUUUACUAAUGAUUCUUAUGAAGGUAACAGGGGACUAUAUGGGAAUCCAUUGACGCAGCAGUGCAAAGAUGCCAUUCCCAACCACGGGCAAGAUUCAAAUCCCAGGACUGGUAACCAUAUCAACUGGAAUUUGAUAAGUGUUGAGAUAGGGGUUUUCUUUGGUCUAGGAGUUGUCAUUUUACCUCUUACGUUCUGGAAGGGAUGGAGGAUAUGGUAUUUUAAGCGCAUUGAUCGUCUUCUUUUCAAGUUUUUCCCUAAGCUGGAUCGCAGAAACAGAAAUCAUAGAACGAUAUCUCAGUGGAUCCAAGGAAGGAGGCUAUAGCAAUAAUAAAAAGGAGCGUCGUAGGAUGUUGGUCUGGAAACAAAGCCAUCAUUUCUACAGUUUUAGGCAACACUCAGCUUGUUGAACAUUGCUGUUGGUGUAUAAGUUUUCUUUCAGAUUGCUGAACAAUAGCUCUUUUGAAGCUUUCUCUUAGAUUGCUCUAGAAUUGCAACGUUAAGUGACUUUUAAGUUGAUGCCUUGUGCUUAGAUGUUAGCUUUGGAUUUUGUUUUUCAAGGUGAUUUGUUUAAGUGUUGAUCUUUGUUAAUGUGGUUGUCACUUAUGCUUUGUGCUCUCUGUUUUGUACUCCUUAAAUAAUUAUGUUAUUGGCCAAGAAAAGAAAAGAAAUAAAACUUGUCCAGGAUAA